AACCUGCCGGAAUCUGUUGGUCUCUGGCGCGCGAGUGGGGAGCGUGCGUUCACAGAAGCCAACCAAGCGAUGCGGCUCCUCUCCCCCGCCGCCGCGCCGCCGCUUCCGAUGAGCCUCGCGGCUCGCGCCUCCCGCCGCGCACGCCGCGCUGUGGCGUCCGCGGCCGGGGGCUCCUCCUCCUCGGCCUCGGCCUCGGCCUCGUUCGACGCGGCCGCCUUCGAAGCCGAGCGCCUGCGCCUGGACGCCGCGGCGCGGGACGGGAUGGCGUCGGCUGCCGCGGCGGCGGAGGCGGACCCGCGGGCGUGGAAGUGGGCGAUACGGAAGAGGGUGUGGGACGCGCUGGAGGCCGAGGGCGUCGCGCGGGACCCGCGCCCCGUCCACCACCGCAUCCCAAACUUCCACGGCGCCCCCGCCGCCGCCGACGCGUUGGGGAGGCUUGACGUAUUUCAGAAUUCCCAAUGUGUAAAGGUCAAUCCUGACUCACCUCAGAAGCAAGUUCGGUUCUUAACACUGUCAGGUGAUAAAAAGCUGUUGACUCCACAACCUCGGCUAAGGACAGGAUUUUUCUCAGUUCUGGACUCUCAAAUGAUACCCAUUGGAUGCAUUCCUGAAGCAUGCACUUCUGUUGGCGCAGCUAAAUAUGGGAGGCCAAUAGGUCUAGAUGAAAGGAUUAAGGUGGAUUUGAUUGUGAUUGGGUCAGUUGCAGUUGACCCAAGUUCAGGAGCACGGUUGGGGAAGGGUGAGGGAUUUGCAGAGCUGGAAUAUGGCAUGCUUCGAUAUAUGGGAGCUAUAGAUGAUUCAACCAUGAUAGUAACUACUGUGCAUGACAAGCAGUUAGUGGAUGACAUUCCAGUUGAGAAGCUGCUAGUUCAUGAUGUGCCGGUUGACAUUAUCUGCACCCCAACUCAAGUCAUCUUCACAAAGACCACAAUCCCAAAGCCACAAGGGAUUUACUGGGAAAAGCUAUCUCCAGAAAAAUUGGGCCAAAUCCGAAUUCUGAGAGAACUGAAGAAACGCAUAGAGCAAGAGACAGGAACUAUACUUCCUUCCGGGCCUUCAGAGAAGCUACCACCAACAGCUCAGAGAAGGAGGCGGCAACGACGACGAUGACUGUGAAAGCAAGCUAUUGGUGUACCAAUUUUCAGGAGUAAUACAUAUGCAAACAAAUGAACCAUCACUGUCUUGACCUUCCACAUUUUUGUAUCAAUGGUAGCUGCCAAUGACUUUGCUGCGCAGAAGGUGCCGAAGGUCAGGUGGUAGGAGCCGGGAUCUGUUACGACCUGUAUCUCCUUCGGCGCCUGCGUGCGCUUGCUAUCGGGCUGAGCCCAUGUACGGAAGACUGGGCCGAGCCGUUGGGCUAAGCCCAUGUAACACCUGUGACUUGGACCGGUUUCCCUCGGCGCUGUGACAGCCUGCUAUAUAGCUGUCAGCGCCAGGCAAUCGGCGGUUAUGACGAACAGAACCUGAACUCCGAACUCAA